GAUCCGGGUUUGACCCGAUCAAUGAACACCCCUGUAUAUAUGUGGGGUGCUCGACGGUGAAUGGAGGAACUCGAUCAAGACUCGGGCCUAAGAGUAACAGAAGAAAAAUUGAACUGCUAAUAAAAAGUAAUAAUGUUUCCGGCCCUAGUAUUAUCAUUUCUUCUACUGUCAUCAGUAGCUGGUAACACAGAAGUUGAUGCUUUGAUGGCAUUGAAGACGAAGUUGUUCGAUCCGAACAAUGUUCUACAAUCCUGGGAUGGAUCCCUUAACGAUCCUUGCACCUGGUUUCAUGUUAGCUGCAACAACAAUAACAAACUUGUAUCAAUUGAUCUGGGAAAGGCAAAUCUGGCAGGCGGCGAAUUGGUCCCUGAGCUUGGCAAACUUGAAUAUUUACAGAACUUAUCAUGCAGGCGGCUGUCUCAGAACAAAUUAAGCGGGAAUAUUCCAGCAGAGCUUGGGAAUUUGCCCAAUUUGGAUACUUUGGAAUUGCACAUGAACAAUUUGGGUGGUCCCAUCCCAAGCCAGCUGGGCAAUCUCCAAAAAUUGCAGACCAUGAGACUCAACCUCAACAAACUGACUGGAAACGUUCCACAAUCAUUUGCCAACCUUAAUUCACUCACUUUCCUUGAUUUAACGAGCAACGCUCUCUCAGGAACAAUUCAUCUCGAUCAUGGUGCAUUUUUAAAAUUCACUUGUGCAAGUUUUGUGUAUGGAAAUCCAGGUGGACAAGUAAUGUUCCACGUCCGCUUUUGCUUUUGGCUUCUUACUGUAAAUCGCCCAAGCCUUUCCCAAAUCAAUUUCCGUUCCGUCUUCUUCGCGUCGCCAUCUCCGUCGCCGCGCAUGUCCUUCGCCAAUAAUCGAUUGAUUUUCGCAUCUACACAUCGCUAUACGCAGAUUCUUCAAAGAUUCCAUAUAAUCAGCAUCAGAGAACCGCGAUCAAAAGAUAUCUAGCCGGGAAAGAAGCUAAUCUUAAUCAAUUUGUUUCUAUGGAUCUUGGAACGAAGCCCAUAUCUACAGAGGCAUUGGCACCUGCUGAGAACUGUGCCACCAAUCGACCUCGGGAGGUCCAAAUUAGAAAUAGAAGCUGGGCGAUUUGAUUCUUAUGCUGAAACAGAAGCUGGGACAUUACAAAGUAUGGAAAAAGGUUCAAUAUAAAGUUCCAUUUAGCUUUCAUCAGUUUGCAUAAUAUGGAUGUCAUCCCAAUUAUAUUUCAUACUUUCAUGGUAUUGACUAUGCCAGUGGUUUGUACUCAGAAAGGUCUGUUCCCUAAUAUGUGAGUAUAUCUUGAUCUAUUUCAAGUGUUGUUAGCUAUUUUUAUUAUUUUACAAUCAGAAUUUAUCACACACACUUUUUGCGAAUUUACUAUUAACAUGACUCCUUUAUACAUCAAUUGUCCUAUGAACAUUUGCCCGUUUUAUGUUGUACUUGCCAAUGGAUUGUGCACCCUGUCUCUCCGUGCUAAGCUCCCAACAAUGCAACCAUAAGCUGUAAUUCAGAUCCAAUACUUUGGGUAAUUCAAAAUGAUGUUGGCAUCGUUGGUGAUGCCGAUAUCAAUAUAUCUAUUUCUUGAUUAUUUCUUUCAACUUUUACUUUCAAGUUAAAUGAUGAAUGCUAGAAUCUGGUGCAUAUAUGCUUUGUUAACCAUAUUUUGAUAUCACUAAAAUGCUUUAUGUUUAUCAAUGAAUGAAUCGAUGUCUUUGUGGACCACUAUUUCCUAAAGAAGUUAUAUCUCAAUUAAUCAAAUGCAUAGGAAAAUGGCAGGAUCCACAUCGAGGUUUGUUUGGGGCAAAUGACACAAUUCUAAAACAACUCUUUUUCAAUGGAAACUUUAGAACAAUUGAUGGGCAUUGUUCUAAAUUCAUCUUCAAAAUAAUCUUUUGUGUUUGUA